CAGGAGCACUGUAGACGAUGUAUCGCUUGUGUCUUGUCUCCAGCUGUGCAAUGCAAAGAGCGCAGUAUGAGAGUUGGUGCUGCUGUGGAAGGCAGCGAGAGCCGGGAAUCGACCAGACCUAAUUGUCCUGCAUCAAGAUGAAAAGUAACAGCGCGGUUAACUACCGGAAUUCCGUCUAUUUGACUUUCGAAAUAAAAGUUGAAUGUCCUUUUUGGGGGGCUUUAUAAUGCGCAGAAACCUAGCAUAAACGUUGAACGAAGAAAUGUAGAGAAUAGAAGCUGAACAUGUCAUGUGAAAAAAGUGAAUGACUCAAUAAAAUCCGCAAUUUUUCUAGGUGAAGACAAGGUGCGCCCCCCCCCCACACACACACACAGACAAAUGCAUUGAAGCUCAGCUAAAAGUCUAGGUAUAAGCGUAGUCAGAGCAAUGCAUAGUACCUGCCCUGAGCAUAACAACGUGACGUUUGCUCCCCGCUGUUGCUGCACUAGCACCCCCCUCCAACUCCUCCUUUUAUCAUUUCUAAGAGGUCUCAAAAGGGGUCUCACUUAUUAGUCGACCUUCCUGGGUAAUAACCAGCAGUAAUAACGAUCCCUGUUUAGUGUAGUCCAGUAAAUGUACCCAGCACAUCUUUUGAUACCAGCACCAAGCAACCGCAUCUACUUUCUGUGAAACGUUGCCGCUUUGGGCUUUUAUUUUCUCAACAGCAGACCGGAAGCUCUUAGUGUACUGUGUGCAGUUUUGACAAUGUUCCGGAGGAUACGCAUAUUCUCUGAUUUAAGGGGGGAGGUGUGGAACUGCUCGGACUCUCGUUGUUUAGCCGUACCUCUCCGCCGGGAACGGUCGAAAUACUUUCUAGGAUUGAUUUAAGCGCCGUUCUUUUGUAUAAAAAAUAAAUAUAUGUAUAAGACUGGAGGAUAUUUCGUGUUCGGAUAUUGUGUUAGAGCGAGUUGAACAACUUUAGGACAGUUUUCUGAAGUGGGGAGACUGAAUUUCAUCGCAAGCGAAGCCUUUUGGGAUAAAGGGACUGCUGGAAACUGCUGCAUAGCCUGCGCUCUCGUAGUUUCUUCGGACGUGUUUACCCAGUUGAACUUUUCCCCCCCUCUUCUGUCAGAAAGUUUGUUUAAAAGAAGAAGAAGGGGCGAAAAUAUGCGCAAACCUGUUAGCUAAACGUCGAGCUUCGUUAGCGGGAUAAGUCUGGAUAAACAGUUUUCGGGGAAGUUUUCCUCCAUCCAAUCUCAGCUCAUGAGUCUUCCUUAUCUCACCGAGGCUGGCUGUUUCACGGCUCCCCGCCAGUAAGCUGUGGACUGUGGAUGCACUGCUGCUGAUGUCCCAAACACCUGAAUGGAGUUCCAGUCGCACAAAAGCCAACAGUCGUAGCUCCCUCAGCAGGAUGCUGAUGAGGCCAAGUAUACUUCUGUUUCUGGCUUUAUUUGCUCAAGUUUUAAGGACCCAGUGCCGGCCUGCCAGCACUGAUGAAGUAUCUGUGGAAACGCAAGCCGAGCUGUACACCAUUUCCAUUGGGGAUCGUCUCGAUCUCAGUUGCUCUGCCAAGGACUACCUCCAUGCUGUCAACUGGACCAAAGACCAUGUGGCUGUAGUGGAUGGAGAACAUACACGUAUCCGCAAUGGCCAGCUGGAGAUCGAGUCUGUGGAGCUUACUGACUCCGGCCUGUACACAUGCACCACCUUUGGCAACCACAGCAUCUAUUUCAACGUGACAGUUCAUAUCUCGGCUUCAUCUGAGGAUGAUGACGACGGUGAAGAGUCCUCAUCGGAGGAAAACAAACUGCUGGGCAGUCAAAAGCUGAUGCCAAUGGCUCCACAAUGGGCUCAUCCAGAAAAAAUGGAAAAGAAGCUUCAUGCCGUUCCAGCCAGCAAAACUGUAAAGUUUAAAUGCCAGGCCAGUGGCAACCCAACUCCAACUUUGAAAUGGUACAAGAAUGGGAAGGAGUUCAAAAGGGACCAUCGUAUUGGAGGGUUCAAGGUCCGUGACCAUAUGUGGACCAUCAUCAUGGAAUCUGUAGUGCCCUCUGACAAGGGAAACUAUACUUGUGUGGUGGAAAACAAGUAUGGCAGCAUUAAUCACACCUAUCAGCUAGAUGUAGUUGAGCGCUCUCCACACAGGCCCAUCCUGCAGGCUGGCCUGCCAGCUAAUCGCACUGCAGUAGUAGGAAGUGAUGUGGAGUUUGAGUGCAAGGUGUUCAGCGACCCUCAGCCCCACAUUCAGUGGUUAAAACACAUCGAGGUCAAUGGGAGCCGUACUGGUCCAGAUGGGUUACCUUACGUUCGCAUCCUCAAGACCGCUGGCGUUAACACCACGGACAAGGAAAUGGAAGUCCUUCAACUGAGAAAUGUGUCUUUUGAUGACGCUGGGGAGUAUACCUGCUUGGCAGGCAAUUCUAUCGGGUUCUCUCAUCACUCUGCAUGGUUGACCGUUUUUGAAGCGCCCCCACACUACUCUCCAGCCAGCCACACCUACCUGGAGGUGGUCAUCUACUGUGUGGGCUUCUUUUUCAUAGCCGUUAUGAUUGCAAUUGCAAUUAUUGUCAAGAUUCGCACCACCUCCUCAAAGAAGAGUGACUUCAACAGUCAGCUAGCCGUCCACAAGCUGGCCAAAAGCAUCCCUCUGCGCAGACAGGUUUCUGUGGACUCAAGUUCUUCCAUCCACUCUGGAGUGAUGCUAGUCCGUCCCUCCCGCCUCUCUUCCAGUGGCUCUCCGAUGUUGUCUGGAGUGUCCGAGUGUGAGCUGCCGCAAGAUCCUCGCUGGGAGCUUCCUCGGGACAGACUUGUUCUUGGGAAGCCACUGGGAGAAGGAUGCUUUGGCCAGGUGGUGAUGGGGGAAGCGGUUGGUCUGGACAAAGAAAAGCCAAACCGUAUUACCAAGGUUGCAGUCAAAAUGUUGAAAGCUGAUGCAACAGAGAAAGAUUUGUCAGACCUUAUUUCAGAGAUGGAGAUGAUGAAGAUCAUUGGGAAGCACAAGAACAUCAUUAAUCUGCUGGGAGCCUGCACACAGGAUGGUCCUCUAUAUGUGAUAGUUGAAUAUGCAUCCAAGGGCAACUUGCGAGAGUAUCUACGAGCUCGCCGCCCACCGGGUAUGGAGUACUGCUACAACCCUGACCAAGUUCCUGUGGAGAAUGUGUCUAUCAAAGAUCUGGUGUCCUUCGCUUACCAAGUGGCCCGGGGCAUGGAGUAUUUGGCUUCCAAAAAGUGCAUCCACAGAGACCUUGCAGCUCGCAAUGUUUUGGUAACUGAUGACAAUGUGAUGAAAAUAGCUGACUUUGGCCUAGCAAGAGAUAUCCACCACAUCGACUAUUAUAAGAAGACCACCAAUGGUCGUUUGCCAGUGAAGUGGAUGGCUCCAGAGGCUCUGUUUGACCGAAUAUACACACACCAAAGUGAUGUCUGGUCAUUUGGGGUGCUGCUUUGGGAGAUCUUCACACUAGGAGGCUCUCCAUAUCCUGGCGUUCCAGUGGAAGAGCUGUUCAAGCUGCUGAAGGAAGGUCACCGUAUGGACAAGCCUUCAACAUGUACACAUGAGCUGUAUAUGAUGAUGAGGGAUUGCUGGCAUGCUGUGCCUUCUCAGAGACCCACAUUCAAACAACUAGUAGAGGACCUGGAUCGUGCUCUAGCCAUGACAUCCAACCAGGAGUAUUUGGAGCUUUCAGUACCUUUGGACCAAUAUUCGCCCAGCUACCCGGACACCCGGAGCUCCACCUGCUCGUCCGGAGAGGACUCUGUUUUCUCGCAUGAUGCCGGAGCGGAGGAGCCAUGCCUGCCCAAGUUCCCUCCUCACUCCAAUGGGGCAGCCAUCAAGAAACGCUAAUACCUCCUGUUCUUUCAGACCAACACUGACACUUUCUCCACUCCCUGCCUCACGGGGUUGGACUCCUCCCCAUAUUCCCAGAGAUGAAGCUAAAAAGAAGAAAAAAAAUAAAAAAAAAUUAUUAUUUUUUUUAAACCCACUGGUGCUUUGCGGAGAGGGAGCUCGGAGACACCUUGUUGAGCUUGCUUGGAUCACAUGAACUGCAAAUUGCAGCAAUUUCCCACUUCUUGUUGGUGACUGUGUUCAUGAGCACUUUGUAUUACCGGGACUGGCUCACAGCACCAGAAAGAGACUGACUUUUCUCAUCACUCUGGGCAUUCCGAAGUCGGGCAGGAGGAUCGAAGGGACCGAUUAUGUUGGGGUUUUAUACGUUUGGGUUUAUUUGUUCGUCAAUGUGUGUUUGAUCAGAGGUGAAGGGCAGCACUCUGCUUUUCAGACCAAAUCAGAGAAGAUACUACAGAGAGAUGUGCAGCACCGUGGUCCACUGCACCACUCAUUAUCAUCUUGUACAUACAGUUAGGAAUUUAUGAAUACAAAUAUAUAUUUACACUGUAUUCUUAUUUUUAUUACCAUAAUUGACGUACUUUAUUUUGUACAAGGAUGCUUCUGCUUGAUCCAUUUUUGACUUUAGUCUUUAGGGGCAGUUGUUCCAUGAGGGUAUUUUAAAAAUUGAUAACGAUUACAUGGCCAUUUUUCUUGCUCACUGUGUCACAGUUCUGAGUUAACCCCCCCAGUAUAUUGGAUGUCCUUCCAGCAGGUGUGUGUGUGUGUGUGUGUGUGUGUGUGUGUGUGUGUGUGUAUGUAUGGUCUUUUCAUUUAACUUCAAGGAUGGUCACAACUGUAAAUAUUUCUGGUUGUAUGCCAUGCUUGUUAAUAUCCAGAACAAUUUGCUUCAGUCAUGGACUCCCACCGUGCGUACCUUCUCAUGUGAUGAACUUGUUUCCUACUGUAAAUGCUUUAACAGGGGUUACAUUUGCUGCCAUAUAACUUCUGACAAAAGGGUUGCAGAACACGUAUGUCAUCGUAAAAAAGGAUUACAUUAAAUAAAAAUGCUGUUGAUA